GUGACUUUCUAGCAGAAAAAAUUUAGCAGACGACGUAGGUACUCAACACUGUGGCUCAUAAAUAUGUUAUUGUUUAUUUUGUUUAUAAAGUUUCUUAAUUUAUUUGCAACUAUCAAUUAAUAUCAUCAUAGUAAUAAAUAUUUUUGAAAUCCAAUUGAAGUGUACACGUUUUGUUAACUGCAUAUAUUUAAAAAGUAAAUACUUAAGACAGUGUUUUUUUAAGUUAAGAAUAUGAAUAGUUGUGAAAAUAAUUGAAAUUAUUUGUAAAUAACAAAUAAAUUUUUGUUCUAUAAUUAUGUCUUUGAACAUAGUAUUUUCUAAUACAAUUAAUCACAAUGUGAAACGAAUUAUUUUUCCUCUAAAUACUUUACAAAAUCUGCGUAAUUUGAGAACUGAAAGAUGCCUAAUGUUGAACAGAACUUGUUCGUCAGCGUCAGCACCAAAUGUAGCCGAGACACCGAUAGAAAAUAUUCGCAAUUUUUCCAUAAUUGCUCAUGUCGAUCACGGGAAAAGUACAUUAGCUGAUCGACUUCUAGAAAUGACUGGAGCCAUUAAAACAAAUUCCGGAGCUCAAAUUUUGGACAAAUUACAAGUCGAGAAGGAGCGCGGAAUCACAGUGAAAGCACAAACAGCUUCUUUGAAAUACACUUACAAUGGUGUCGAAUAUCUUUUAAAUUUAAUCGACACUCCAGGUCAUGUUGAUUUUUCAUCUGAAGUCUAUAGAUCACUUGCCGCUUGUCAAGGUGUAAUUCUUCUUGUCGAUGCCAACGAUGGUGUUCAAGCGCAAACAGUAGCCAAUUUUUAUCUCGCUUUUGAAAGGGAUCUCACAAUGAUUCCUAUCAUUAAUAAAAUAGAUUUGAAAAAUGCCAAUCCAGAUCGUGUUCUAAAGCAAUUGCAUUCUCUUUUUGAAAUAGAUAGCGACAAAGUCUUGAAAAUAUCUGCUAAAAAUGGUACAAACUGUGAGGCAGUUUUAGAAGCAAUUGUUGAAAGAAUACCUCCACCUCCUGUUUCAAGAGCUGAACCUUUCAGGGCGUUGAUAUUUGACAGCUGGUAUAAUAAAUACAAGGGCGCAGUUUCCUUGAUUUAUGUUCAACAAGGAAGAAUUUCAGUCGGAGAAAACAUUUCCUCUUGUCACACGGGAAAAGUUUAUGAAGUCAAAAGUUUGUCCUUCCUAAGACCAGAAGAGGAAGACAUUAAUACCUUAUAUGCUGGUCAAGUUGGAGCACUUAAAUGUAACAUGAAAUCAUUAACUGAAGCUCACAUUGGAGACACGUUUCGUUUAAAGGAUUCUACGGUGAAGCCUCUUCCAGGAUUUAAAGUUGCAAAGUCAAUGGUAUUUGCAGGAAUUUAUCCUAUAGAUCAGUCGCAGUUUCCUGAACUUCGUAAUGCUCUAGAAAAAUUAACUUUGAACGAUAAUGCCGUUACCGUCGUUGAAGAAUCUAGUCCAGCUUUAGGUCGAGGAUGGCGACUCGGGUUCCUUGGAUUAUUACACAUGGAAGUAUUUGUACAAAGAUUAGAACAAGAGUAUGGAGCUGAACCUAUAUUGAGUUCUCCUGGAGUCACGUAUAAAGCAAAAGUAUUUGGAACUAAAAGUAUUCAGAAAUAUAAGGGGGAGGAAUUUUAUUUCAGUAAUCCCAUUGAUUUUCCUGACCCUGUCAAUGUGACAGAAUUUUAUGAACCGAUAGUGAGGGGUACUAUUAUAACUCCAGCUGAAUAUCUUGGAGGCAUUAAGACUUUGUGUAGGGAAAAAAGAGGAGUUGAAGAGUCCAUUAAAUAUAUCGAUAACGAGAGAAUGAUUCUGCAGUAUAUGUUCCCGUUAAAUGAAAUUAUUAUGGACUUUCACGGUGGUUUGAAAUCCGUCACUUCCGGUUAUGCGAGUUUUGAUUAUGAGGAUUGUGGAUAUCAAACUUCAAAUAUUGUAAAGAUGAUUAUAUUAUUAAAUGGAAACCCAGUCGAAGAAUUAAGUACUAUAGUACAUGCAAGUAGUGCAGUCGAGAAAGCUAAAGCUUUAUGUUUCAAAUUGUUAAAUCUUAUUCCCAAACAACAGUUUCUUAUAUCAAUUCAAGCAAAAGUAGGUGCUAAAAUUUUAGCCAGAGAAAAUUUACCUGCUUUAAGAAAAGACGUUUGCGCUAAACUCUACGGUGGUGAUGUGACCAGGAGAAAAAAAUUAUUAUCGAAACAAGCAGAAGAAUUGUCAGUCAUUUUUAACUUUGAGAUGAAAGUAAAAAGCGAAGGAAUCGAGAAAGUGAGAGUGCAUAUAACUGGGGGUGGGAAUAGGAAGAGAAAGAGAGAGUGACCUGGAGGACGCCAUGCCAGUAUUGAUUAAAGGGUUUGCUCAGAGGGCUGGAGGAGGAAUUGUCGGCUCGCAAAACUCUUCUCCCGAGUCAUGUGUGGGCCAUUUGAGGGGAUGAACUUUUAAAACGGGAGGCGGUUGGCUGAAUGGCUUAUGAGAUUUUACUUUCAGCCAUCAGUGACGUUCAGUUGGAAAAUCUUUUCAUUUAAAAAAACAUUUUUACAAAAUCAGAAUUAAAGUUAUACAAUAAAUAAUCCUAAUUUAUAAUUACCAGAAUUAAAUUAAUCCAUUAAUU